CACAAGGCAGGCCAGAGAAAUUUAGAGUGAACUGCAUUUGGUGAAGCGUCACUGGAGAAACUAGAUUGUCUUGUCUUGUGUUAUGAGCACAUGUUGUAUGCCUCAAGCUGUUGCCACCACAACAUGCCUACAAAUUUGAUAGUAUGGAUGAUGCAGUAGCUUUGUUUCAUCGCAUGGUUGAUAUGCAUCCCCGGCCAUCGGUUGUGGGAUUCACCAAAAUCUUAGGAACAAUUGUAAAGAUGAAGUACUAUGACACAGCUAUUUAUCUUUAUACCCAAAUGGAGUCUAAGGGUAUUAUGCCAUUUACAGUUACUUUGAACAUCAUGAUGAAUUGUUACUGCCAUGUGGGUCAGAUGGGUUUUGCUUUCUCUGUAAUGGGUAAGAUUCUUAAGUUGGGUUAUCGACCAAGUGUUGUAACUUUGACAACACUAAUGAAGGGGUUGUGUGCUAAUGGUAAGCUAUUGGAUGCACUAUACAUUCAUGAUGAAAUACUUGCCAAAGGUUUUCGGUUUGACGAAGUUAUGUAUGGAACCUUGAUCAAUGGGCUGUGUAAGAUUGGAGAAACAAGCUUUGCCAUUCAAAUGCUUCGAAAAAUGGAGGGACAGUUGGUUAAGCCCAAUCUUGUAAUGUACAAUAUAGUCGUUUAUGCUUUGUGCAAAGAUGGACUUAUAAAUGAGGCACAUGAUUUGUGUUCUGAAAUGAUUGUUCGGAGAAUUUCCCCUGACAUUAUCACUUAUAGUUCAUUAAUUUAUGGUUUCUGUCAUGUGGGCCAUUGGAAUGAAGUUAGCUUAUUGCUUAAUGAGAUUGCUGCUAAAGACAUUGGCCUGGAUGUCUGUACCUUUAACAUAAUAGUCAAUGCAUUGUGCAAAGAAGGGAUGCUCUUACAAGCCCAUGUUAUGUGUGAUAUGAUGAUUGAAAGAGGUCAACUACCUGAUCUUAUUACUUACACUAUUUUGAUGAAUGGAUAUUAUUUAAAGAAUAAAGUGGAUGAAAUUUAA